AUGUGUGGAAUCGGCGUUAUCAUUCAACGCACACCGAAGCAGAGUCCGAGUAACUUUUCUCACGAUGAUCACGGCAGACCGUUGGAACUGAUCUGCGAAUGCGUCAGACGGGCAAUUGGACCGCGAGGUCCAGAUGUCCAAUCCGAGACCCGUGUCGUAUCAGAACUGUCAGAUGAUUUUAACCUGGACCUACAAUUCUUCGGAUCUGUGCUUCAUUUACGCGGAUCAUCUGUGACGGUCCAACCCAUGAAGGGGCAAACCGGAAGUAUAUUUCUUUGGAACGGUGAAAUAUUCGAAGGUUUAUCGGUGGACGCUUCUAUGAACGAUGGUGAAAUAUUGUUUGAAAAACUUGAAUGUCGUGAUCGCAACGUCAAUGUCCCUGAGGUCCUGCAAAAUAUUGAAGGACCAUACGCGUUUGUUUACUAUGACGCGGCCAGAAAUCAACUUUGGUAUGGAAGAGAUCCACUUGGUCGCCGAUCACUAAUGAUAGCUCAGUCCGACAUCGCAGGUGACCCAAUUGUCAUCGCGUCUCAUCUCAAUGGCCAGGAUCUCCCAGGGAGUUUGGAGGUCUUGGCAGAAAGCAUCUUCCUGGUCGAAUUAUCCACAAAACUUGAUUCAUUGGAGAUCAUUCCUGUCGCACGCCAGAUCCCGAAACCGAUCCUGUGCCGAAAUGCCCCAGCCGAUCAAGACCGAAUCAGCCUCUCGAAUCUCACAAAAGAUACUUUGCCACUAAGUAUGGUGGACGCUUGUAAGGCAUUCAAGGAAUCUCUUGGAGAUGCUGUAAGAAGACGAGUGGCAAGUAUAUCUCAGAUCUAUAGGAAUUAUGACACGGAAGCCAGUGUUUCCGUCCUGUUUUCGGGUGGUCUAGAUUGCACGACCUUGGCGCUCUUGGCUCAUCAACACAUACCUCCGCACGAAUCCAUAGACCUCAUCAAUGUUGCUUUUGAAAAUCCUCGGUCUCUAUCAAAUCUUUCUCAGCGCACAGAAGGUGCCAUACAUGACGUAUUUGCUGUUCCUGAUCGUAAAACUGGCGAGAGCUCGUGGAUAGAACUAUGUAAACUGGCUCCAAACCGGCUAUGGAGAUUUGUCAAGGUCGAUGUAACAAUAUCCGAAUAUUUUACCCACAAAGCUCAAAUCAUUCAACUGAUGAAACCCAAUUUCACAGUGAUGGAUCUUAGUAUUGCUGCAGCUUUGUAUUUUGCAGCCCGUGGGAUCGGAACAUAUCUUCUACAUUCACCUGAUCUAACCGACGGAAAUGACCGCUCGGUCUGUGUUGAAGCAUAUCGCUCGCCUGCUCGGGUUUUCCUGUCCGGACUUGGGGCAGACGAGUUGUUAGGUGGCUAUUCCCGUCAUCGGGCGGCCUUUUCGUCCCCCGAACCUCCCAAUUGGACAGGCCUCAUUGAUGAACUUCAACUAGACUUGGAUCGAAUCUCUACUCGCAAUCUUGGGCGAGAUGAUCGAAUUAUCGGCCAUCAUGGGCGUGAAGUCAGGUAUCCUUUCCUCGACUCUACCGUUGUUCAUAGUUUGGCUAGAAUUCCGGUUCAUUUGAAAUGCGAUCCUGAUCUGGGACGUGGAAUAGGCGAUAAGUUAUUGCUUCGGUAUUUGGCUCAAAGCCUUGGAUUACGUCAGGCGAGUAAGCUGGAAAAACGAGCCAUCCAAUUCGGCGCUCGUUCAGCAAAGAUAGACGGCACGGCGAAAGGACAGGUUGAACUUGUGGAAGAAAAAGCCGAUGUAGAUCUAUUGUGUCCCUUUAGGUUAAUCCAGACUGAACGACCCCGACUCACCCGUCGACAAGCCGAGAAAUUGGUCACUAGACUGUAUCGGACUGCUGAGGACCACAUCGUUGGGCUACUGCCAUCUUGGCCUAUCCUAGACAUCUCGAGGCGGCUCAAAGGCUUUCCUCAAAGGCUCGCGCCAUUCCGACUCCGUCUUCACCUGCCUAUCGCAUCGCGCCAAUCACAUCGAAAGGAAUGGGAGUGCUUGCUUCUCGUCAAAUCAAGACUGGAGAGCUGA